AUGCCCCGGCACAUGCCCAUGCAGACGCAUCACCAGCCGCGGAAGACGACACGAGGCCGUGCGCCUCCGAAAAGAAUUCUCGACCGUAGGCUUGUAACCUCAAAUCAUCAUCCAAGAGUUCAUAUUCAGUUCACCAACAAGUGGACUUUACAACCUGCGGUUGGAUCUUAACGUUUUGUUCUUAUGCUCUGGCCAUUCUCACACUUCCCAUCUCCAUCUUCUUAUGUGUAAAGGUCGAGACCAAGUUGUUAAUCACUGUCAAAAACAAAUCUUCAGGUCGUUCAAGAAUACGAAAGAGCUGUCAUUUUUCGGCUUGGUAGGAUCAAACCAGGUGGCGCUAGAGGGCCAGGUGACUAGAGUUUUUCACUGAAUUUUUUUCAAACAAGGCACAAGCCAAUAACACAACUAACUAUUUUUUGUCGAAAAGAAUGGCUUUUUUUUCUCAAAAAACCUGUGAAAAAGUUGACCUUACUGUUUUCAGGAUUAUUCUUCGUGAUACCAUGCAUCGAUUCGUACAAGAAAAUUGAUUUACGGGUUUUGUCAUUUGAAGUUCCUCCACAAGAGGUUUGCGGAGACAGCGGAUAUUAAUUCCAUUUUGAUCUGAAAUGAACAAAAUUUAGCUUCUUUCAAAAGACGCUGUGACUGUUGCAGUAGAUGCGGUUGUAUACUUUCGUAUAUCAAACGCCACUAUUUCUGUAAGAUCAUGAAUUUGAUGACUUUUUGGUGGAAUAUGGGUUCAUUCAGGUGAUAAAUGUGGAAGAUGCUGCAAGGUCAACGAAGCUUUUGGCUCAAACGACUUUGAGAAACAUUCUUGGUACGAAAACAUUGACAGAGAUGCUUUCUGAUCGUGACGUCAUUUCUCUUCAAAUGCAAGUAAGCAUCAGAAUUGAGAAAGCGCAAAGAGACUAAAAAAACGGUUUUUUUAACAUACAAAAAUGAAUAGUUUUAGUAAUCAUUGAUUAUUUCGAGUUUGAUUGACAUUUAUAAGCGCCUCUAUUAUUUCAAUUAGUUGUUUGUGCUGAGCGAUGGAGAUUUGUAGCAAACACCGAAUUCUACUAGACUACGAUCGCGUGAACUGGUUGCUUGAAUAAUAGAAAAAAAAAUUUGGAUAACACGAGGAGAAAACUUUCAAGAGUUUGCAGCGUUCACUAGUGCACACGUUUUUACGAAAACAGCCUUCAGGAAAUUGAGUUUGUGAAGUUUGAAAGAGCACUUUUAAGUUCAAUAUCUGUGUUUUUUAUUUAUUUUCAAUACAAAUCUUCAGAUUCUUCCUGUUUAACCUCUUCGAUGAGUAAUCAUUGCUUGAAUACCAGUUUUUUUUUCAAAAUCAAAAAUUGAAGAUUUGAAAGUCAAAACCGAGAAGUGUAGCAAUUUUUAAUGAAGCCAACGCCAAGCAAAUUUUUGCCUCCAAUUAAUAAUAAUUCCUGUUUCAGGCGACACUUGACGAGACGACCGAGCCCUGGGGAGUAAAAGUAAGCAUUUUCAUUUGCUGGGCAUGCUAAAAAAAAAGAAAUGCCUGAAACCGAGCGAAUUCUCUGCACUUGCGUAACCUAACACUUUGGCGGGUGUCGCAUUCAGAGCCUUCGUUACGCAUGAAAGAUGAGAGAACGUUGAAUAUGUGACGCGCCGUAGCUCUUCUCUCAAUUUGGCGAGUUUAGGUUGAGCGAGUGGAGAUGAAAGACGUGCGACUGCCGCAUCAGCUGCAACGAGCCAUGGCCGCCGAAGCCGAGGCGACCCGAGACGCCUGCGCCAAGGUUCUCUCUCGGAGACUCCCGACUUUUCGGCUUGGAAACAAAAAAUGAAGGAAAAUUUGUUCGGUAUCUCUGAAGAGUGAACUAAUGACUUUUUUGAAGCUUGCGAAAUUUGUUUUUCUUAAGACUCUAUGCAAGGACCAGUUACAAACGUUUUUGAUUAACUUUUUCCUAACCUUAGAUUAUUUUGAUUACAAUUCUCGAAUAACUUUUUGAACUUCCAAUCUUUGAUUUUUGAUAAUUGUGCUACGAUAAUUUUACAAACAUCAAAACAUCAAAAGUGAUAUCCUAAAGUUAUUGAUUGAGAUAAUUUCAAUUUCAAAUGUAAGUUUAUAAUACUUCUCUUGAAAUUUUUGUACUUUGACUUAUUCUGAGGAUAACAACAACAAAAAGCAAGAAAGAACCGUUACAUUAAUUCACACCAGCAGCUUCACUAAUACUGACAGUCAAACUUUUUGAAAAGUUUGUCUUAAUUUUUCAUAAAAUGACACAAAACGUUGAAACCAAAAAGCAUUGCGAUCACUUUGCGUUUACCGGAAAGUAUUAAUACCAAGUAUUGGAUUUUGGACUUCGUUUUUUUUCAUCAAAAUUUUUGGAUAGCUAUGAAGAGAUGCGGAAAAAGAUUCCUUCAUUCUUUUCUGAUUACAUUUUCAAUGUAUUAACUUCUUCUUGUCUAUUGCGCAAAUGAGGAUGGUUUCAGAAAAUAUUAAUUCAAUUAAAUUAAUCAAAAAAACUGAUAAUUUUUUUCUUUUGCUUCUUCACACUAGGUUGCAGAUAAUAGCAGCUGAAGGAGAGCAGAAGGCUUCGAAAGCUCUUGCUGACGCCGCGGAUGUCGUAUGUCUUGAUUUAGUUGAAAUAUACUUUUUUUCAUUUUUUUCAAGAUCGCAACUUCCCCCUGUGCAAUUCAGCUGCGUUACUUACAAACAUUAAACAGCAUCAGGUGAGUAGCUACAAUUUUUUUCCCACGUUCAGAAGAAGUAAAACUGUAAUUAGCCCUUUUUUGCUUCUUACUAGGAAUAAAAUUUAUAUUUUAGCUUUGAAAAUUUCCAGAUAGAUUUCUCAUAUCUAUUCUAACCUCCUUCAAAGUAAUACUUUUUUUCAAACUGUAAAAUAUCAAUUUCUUUCUUGAUUCUGUGUUGACACUGAAGCCUUGAAAUAUUUUUUUCUUCAGAUAUUUUUUUCAAAAAAAGUUUUUUUGAAGGUAAGUACGAUGAGUCCCAAUCUAUACCCUAGAAGAGCGUCUGGUUAAACUUUCAGAAAACUUUAAAUUUUUGAGUGGGACCAAUCCACUUUUUUUUCUUGUUGCACCAAAGCACUUUUGAGAAUACUCAUAACUGAUACUUCAAAAUUAUUUUCCUUUUUAAAGUCAAGAAUUUUUUGAACUGAAAUAUCUAUCAUAAAUAUUCUCUAAAAAGAAAGGUCGGAAUGUAUUUAUUUUAAGCUCCGAGAAAAACAAUACGAUAGUUUUUCCGUUUCCCAUGGAAGUGAUAUCGAGAUUCGUGAAGAAUGGAACCAAAACAAGGUGAGAUUUGCUUCUUUUACGAGAUAUGGCGUUGCUUUCAGGAAAAACGUCAUCAAGUAG